GAACAAGGGAUCAAUAUAUUGCAAUCAUGUCUGCCCAUCCGUUGCAGGUUCUAGAGGGAGCAAUUGGGUCUGUGGGUAUAGACCCUCGCGCCAAACAGCUCACCUCCCUGUUCCAAAGAGCAAAUGACGGCCCUGCAUAGACGGCCGCCAAAUUGACUGGGGUGAAGGAGUACGGAAAGAGAAGUGAUGACGGUCCCUACUUUACGAGCAACGAGGGAAUCCCUUUCCCAGACCCCGCUCAUAGCAAAACUGCGGGCGGAGUACCGGUGGUGUCAGAUAUUCAUCUUUUCCAGAAGCAACAGCACUUCAACAGGUCCAAGAAUCUGGAAAGAAUGGUCCAUCCAUGCGGCAGUGGCGCAUUUGGAUAUUUCGAAACGACCAAGGAUGUCUCUACCUUGACGAAGGCCGACUUCCUCAAGUCUACCGGCAUUAAAACCCCCGUGUUUGUGAGAUUCUCGACCGUGACCCUAGGGCGGGAGUUCCCGGACUUAGCCCGCAACCCGCGCGGCUUUGCAAUCAAGUUCUAUACAGGCGAGGGCAAUUACGAUAUUGUCGGCUUGAACUUCCCUGUUUUCUUCUGUCGUGACCCUAUCCAGGGCCCAGACGUGAUCCGGUCUCAGCACAGAAACCCACAAAACUUUCUGCUUGAUCACAAUUCGCUUUUCGAUUUGCUUGCAAACACACCUGAAGGUAAUCAUGCCGGCAUGAUGUUUUUCAGUGACCAUGGCACUCCUCAGGGCUGGCGAGCGAAUCAUGGAUACGGAUGCCAUACUUUCAAAUGGGUCAAUUCAGAGGGAAAAUUUGUGUACAUCAAAUAUCAUUUCCUCGCCGAUGGAGGUCAGAAGCAGUUUACUGCGGACGAGGCAACCCGUCUUAGCGGUGAGGAUCCCGACUACUCGAAGCGAGAUUUGUGGCAAGCCAUCGAGAAGGGAGAAAAGGUAUCAUGGACAGCGUACGUCCAGAUAAUGAACCCGGAGGACGCUGAUCCAGACACCCUGGGAUUCGACCCAUUUGAUGUAACAAAAGUCUGGCCAAAAUCUCAGUUUCCCUUGCAAGAAUUCGGGAAGCUGGUCUUGAACCGCAACCCAGAAGACUUUCAUAGGGAUGUUGAACAAGCCGCCUUCUCUCCUGGAAGCAUGGUCCCCGGUAUUGAGGAUAGCCCAGAUCCUCUGCUUCAAUUCCGGACCUUCUUUUACCGCGAUGCCCAGCUCCACCGGGUUGGAGUGAACUGGCACCAAGUUCCGGUGAACUGUCCUUUCAUGGCUUCGUCAUAUUCAUCCUUGAACUUCGAUGGGCAAAUGAGAGUUGACGCAAACCACGGCAAGAAUCCUCAGUACGCGCCAAACAGCUUUGUCGACAAGUUCCGCCCCGAUGCGGCAGAGGCUCCCUACCAGCUUGCAGAUAAUACUGUUAGCCGCAAGUCUCACUUCUGGCACGAGGGCAGUCCGACAGAGUAUGAGCAGCCUCGGCACCUAUAUAACGAUGUUAUGAACGAUGAAGCUCGGGACCAUCUCCACAAAAACACCGCCAGCCUUCUGGCAAAGGUGGAGUACCCCGAAAUCCAAAUCAAAUAUCUUGUCCAGGCAUACAGGGUUACGGCCAAAUAUGCCAAAGGUAUCUAUGAUUUGUUGCCCCAGAAGCGGUUCAGCUUUGACGAAGUUGAGGAUCGUUCUCUCGGCGCUGAGAAGAUGGGCAAAAACCCAAUGUUCUGUCCACAUGCCAAGACAGACAAGCUUCUAGGGAAAUGCCCAGCUGUGAGUGUAUACAAUUGAGUUGCGGUUUUCUCAAAAGAGAAAUUAGCUGGUUAUUCUUCUUGAUGUGAAUGUAAUUGAAGUUUCUUCGAGUAACUC